AUGAAUGAUGUAUUUGCCAUUUUCGACAAUGAUAAAAAAAAGAAGAAACUGAAAGUCGAUUUACAGAGAAACGUAUCUGCUACGGGAAGGAAAUGUGUAUCUAUAUCCGAUCCACAUAUCGCUGUUGACAACAACUAUUCGGUCUACUUGGGAGCAAAAGACAAAUAUUUCGUCAAGUGGGCUAAUGGAUCCAAUUAUGAAGCUGACUGCUGGCCAGGUUUAUCGAGCUGGAUAGACUUUAUGAUACCAGAAGCAUCUGACUAUUACUCAAGUUGGUUCGCUUUCGACAAGUUCAAUGGCAGUACCGAAACAUUAGCUGGUAUCUGGAACGACAUGAAUGAACCAGCUGUAUUUGACGAUACCAUAGAGAAAACCUUACCAUUCGAGGUAUUGCACGCUGGAGGAGUCAAACAUGGAGAUAUUCACAACAUCUAUGGAUUUAUGCAAACAAGAGCCACCCACAAAGGACUCAUGGAUCGUGAUCAACAAAAGAAAAGGCCUUUUAUUUUGAGUCGAUCAACCUUCGCUGGAUCCCAAAGGUAUGCCGCUAUGUGGACAGGGGAUAAUUCUGCCACCUGGAACCAUUUUGCUAACACCUACCCAGAAUGUAUGACGGCUAAUUUAAUGGGUAUGGUAUUUUGUGGUGCCGAUAUCGGAGGAUUUUUAGGAGAUCCUAGUGACGAACUGUUGCAGAGAUGGUAUCAAGGUGCCGUUUGGACAACAUUCUUCAGAGGCCAUUCAAGCAGAGAAUCGCAGCGACGCGAACCAUUCUUGUUCUCUGAGGAAGUUCAAAACGUCAUCAGAAAUGCAAUAAGAUUACGAUAUCAACAUAUUCCAGUAUUUUACAGAUUAUUCUUCGAACAUACCAGGACAGGCGAUCCAAUUCUCAGGCCUCUAUUCUAUCAAUACACUGACAUCAACGAAAGAGAUACUCAAAUGCUCAUAGGUACGGAUAUUAUGUCUGUUGCAGUCACGAAACCAAAUAUAACUUCGGUGAAUGUAUUUAUUCCUGGAGAAUCUGAGUAUUGGUAUAGAGUAGAUGAGGGAUGGUCCGUACAUGCUGGAGGGAAAGAAGUUAAUGCUGAAAUUAAUAUCGCUACCUCUCCGUAUUAUUAUAGAGCGGGAAGUAUCAUAGUAAGGCAAGAUACAAUUGUAAAAUCAACAACUGAAGCACUGAAUGCCUCAUACUCUAUUUACGUCAAUCUUGAUCUGAACAACCAAGCAGAGGGUCGCUUUUAUAUGGAUGAUUUUAUUAGCUUCGAUUACACCAACAAGAACGAAUAUAUAUACUUUAGCAUGCGGGCUAUCAACCAUAAGUUGAUAAUUACGCCAAUUGAUGGAAAUCAUGGAGACUUGGUCGCCCACUUAAAAGAAGUUAUAGUACAUAGAAUUGUUACUGAAAAUGAUGGAAAAUUGGGGUCCUCUGAAACCACAUACAUCAAAACAGCAGACGGCACACCUUUAGAAUCUAUUGAUAUUGGAAAAGAACUACUCACUGGAGAGGGACUGACCAUUCACUUGUGAUGUUAUGCUAUGUUUACAUGAACUGAAAUAAAAGAGUUAACAAUGUA